ACGCCGAACAACUGUAAACGUUACCGAGUACUCGAUUGAAGUACCAUUGUAUGUGGUUUUUUUUUGUAUUUGCACUGUUGAGAAGAGAUUUUUAAUCGGUUCUCGUUCGAAAACACCGCUGGAGAACAAUGGGGUCGUCCAAACAUAAGAAAAAAGACAAAAAAAAACGCCAUCAUUCCAGCGAUUCGUCUGACGGUGGCGGCGGCGACGCAUCGUCCAAACACAGGAAAAGAAGACAUCCGUCUAGCGAUUUAUCGGAUGUGGACGUUGCCAAUAAGCAUAAAAAACACAAGAAACACCAUAAGAAAAAAGAAAAGUCCAAAGACAGACACAAAUAUCAUAGUUCUGAUGAUGAUGUUAUUUUUGUACCACCGCCACCUAAAAUAUCUCGAAAUGAAGUUAGAACUCCACCUCCUCCAAGCCUUACACCACCACCACCUCCUACCAUAUCAUCAUCAUCUGAUAGUCUUUCCAUUGAAGAAACUAAUAAAAUCAGGGCUAAAUUGGGUCUUAAACCAUUGCAAAUGGAAAACAAAGAAACUACUAAGAGUAGAGAUGAUGGAUUAGAAGUUAUUGCUGGUGAUGAAGGAGAAUUUGUUCAUAAACCUGCAUUAAGUAUAACAGAAAAGAAUAAAAGUGAUAAAAUAAAAACAAGAAUAGCUGAAAAAAAAGAAAAACGUUUGAUUGAAAACAAAAUUUUAAAUGUGAAAAAGUUAGCUGACAGUGAUUCAGAAGAAGAUGCUAUUAGUUGGGUUAACAAAACAAAAACAAUUCAAGAAGAAAUGGAAAAAGCAAAGAAAAAGGCCCAAGAAUUGGAAGAAAUGGAUAAUGUAUUUGGUGUUGGUGAUCUAAUUGAAGAAAGUACGAGAAGUGAAAUGAAGAAUUUUUAUUCUAGCAAACACUUGAAAGGAUUGGAAGUUCAACAUUCAUUGGAUGAAUUUGUAGAAGGAAAAGAAAUAAUUUUGACAUUACAAGAUAAAGAUGUUUUAGCCGAAGAUGCAGAUGUCUUGGUCAAUGUUAAUAUGGUGGAUAAUGAAUCAUAUAAACAAAAUAUUGACAGACGAAAGCAACGUCCAAAUUAUAGUGGUUAUGAUGAAUUAGAUGACAUGGAUAUUGAUAAACCAAGUGUGAUCCUUGGAAAAUAUGAUGAAGAAAUUGAAGGAUUAAAAAAAAAAAGCUUUAAACUGGGUGUUGAUGAAUACAAAGUAAAACGAGAUACUAUAAAAGAGAAAUUAAAAAAAAAUUUAAAUCAAGAUACUUUAAAUACGACUCAAUUGAAACUUGCAUCUGAUUAUUAUAAUGCUUCUGAGAUGAGUGUUAAAUUUAAAAAAGUCAAGAAAAAAAAAUUAAGGGUUAAUCCAAUAACAGCAGACAAAUUGGAAAAGUCUUUAAGGCUUGCAAAUAAUAAGGCCGAAGAUAAUGAUGAUGAUGAUAUUGAUGAUGUUCUACUAGGUGAUUCAAUGGAUGUUGAUGAAAUUAAAAUGCAAAAUGAAGAAGAAGAUGAUUUGGGAUUGCAAUUGGCAUUAAAAAAAGCAAGAAAACUAAAGCAAUUAGAAACAAUUGGAAAAAAAACUGAAUUAGCUAAUUUAUUAGUUAAAACUGAGUAUAAUGAGAAUGCACUUGGAGCAAUUGUAUUGAACUCUACUGCAGAGUUUUGUAGAACUCUUGGAGAUAUACCAACUUAUGGUAAAGCUGGAAACAGAGAAGAAGAAGAAGAUGAAUCAUUAAUGGACUAUGACAAAAAUUAUAUUAAACAAGAAAAUUCAGUUGAUUCUGAUGGGUCUAAUGAUGGAUGGAGAGAAGUGGAAAUGGAGAAAAAAUUGAUAGACUUAAAAACAAUUGAUAGUAAGCCAAUUUUAGAACCAGAACCUGACUUAGGUAAAGGCGUAGCUGGUGCAUUGAGAUUGGCUAUGAGUAAGGGAUAUAUUGAAAAAGAAGAAAAUGCUCGACCGUCUGCUUCACGAUUUGCUCAUUUACAAGCAAAAAAUUAUUCUAUUGAAGAUAAAACAUUUUUGGCUGAAGAUGAUAAAUUGAGUAGGAGAGAUAGAUAUAGUGGCCCUACUGUAGAAUUCAGGGAAAAAGAUAGUUAUAAACCAAAUAUAAAACUUGAUUAUAUUGAUGAUGAUGGCCAUUUAUUGAGCGAAAAAGAAGCAUUCCGGUAUUUAUCACAUAAAUUUCAUGGCAAAGGCCCUGGUAAAAAUAAAAUAGAAAAACGUAUAAAGAAAGCUGAACAAGAAGCAUUAAUGAAACAAAUGAGCUCAACUGAUACUCCACUUGGUACUUUAAAUAUGUUGCAAUCCAAACAAAAACAAACACAAUCCCCUUACAUAGUUUUGAGUGGAACUAAGUCAGCUCAUCAAAACCAUGGAGGUUCUAUUUCGAAAACAAAAAUCGGUUGAGAUUUGUAACAAUUUGCUAAUUUUUAACAUUUUAUUGCUAAAUAUGUAUAACAACGGACAAUUUUUUUUUAUUAUUUGAUAACUGAUAAUU